AUGUCGACUAUUUUCCUACACAACUUCGCGACAUCGCCAUUUGGUGAAAAAGCUCGGCUCAUCUUAGGGCUAAAAUCACUACAAUGGAAAUCCGUGGAUGCCGAACUGGUCAUGCCCAAGCCGAACCUCACUGCGCUAACUGGAGGAUACCGCAAAACACCGGUUAUGCAAAUCGGAGCAGAUAUCUACUGCGAUUCCAGAUUAAUUGCGGAUGAACUGGAAGAACGGUACCCUUACCUGACUAUAUAUCCAGGCGGCAGCCGAGGCUUGUGCGUCGCCUUGUCAGAGUGGUCUGACAGGCCUCUGCACAUCUCGAGUUCUGGGCUUGCCAUCGGAGUCAAUAAACGAGACUUUCCUGCGAAUCUAAUGGCCGAUCGAAAAAAGUUCUUUGAAGGACUUAUAGAUAUCGAAAAAAUUGAAGCCGAAAUACCGCAUUUGAAGAGUCAACUACGAGCACACGCCGGAUUGAUCGAAGAGCAACUCGCGGAUGGGCGCCGCUUUUGGCUGGGUGAAGAGCCAAGCCUCACCGACUUCCACGCCUAUGUUGAGAUUUGGACGGUUCGAGAAUUUGUACCAUCUGCGACCGAAAUAUUACGUGGAUUCCACAAGAUGGAAGAAUGGGAGAACAGAGUCAAGCAAAUCGGCCAUGGCGAAAUGAGUAUUGCUACAGUGGAGGAAGCCCAUGAAGCUGCGCGAGUGAGCACAGGGUUGCCAAGACGCGGAGUCGAGGCUGACAAUUUCCUUGGGCUCUCAAAGGGCGACUUGGUGGCUGUGGUCCCCGAUGACUAUGGUAAAGAGCCUGUGGUUGGACGUCUGGUGACUCUGUCACUUUGUGAGGUUGCGGUGGAGAGGGAGGACAGCCUGGUUGGCAACGUCAUUGUUCAUUUCCCGAGGAUCGGAUAUCGUAUUAUCAAACGCUAG